AUGAGUCCUGUCCUCGGCUCACUGGAAGGCCAGGCAGCCAAUGCUGCGCAGGGGAUGGUGCUGGAUCCAAUUUCUCGGCAAAUUCUAGAGCGCACUCAAUCCUCGAACAAGCUUCCUUCAGGCCAACAAAGCGGUGUAGUGCCUUCAAAGUCCACUUAUGCGGAUCCCGGUCCUUCCGAAGAUCUAUACUCGGGCAGAAUGUCUUCCGACCCGGCGCCAUUGCGAAGAGUUGACAGUGGUGCUAGUAACAAGUUGACCAAGGACAAGAAGAAGGGUGUAUCAUUUCUGAGCCGCAUUAUGGGCGGUCCCAAAAAGAGGGAUGUGUUCGACGUGCGCGAGGACACAAUCUCAGAGUUUGCCGACGAUCGUUCACCUGGAGUCGAGGCCGAAGUAUUCUCUCAGCCACUGGGCCACAUACCAAAGUUCCCUGCUCCUCCACGCUAUAUCAAGGUCAAAACGCAGCACAGGAAAGAGAAGGAACUCGACCGACUGUUUCUGGCUCAGAUAGCCCUCGAGGCGCCGAAACCUAAGUCGAGGAGGAGGCUGUCAAUAGACUCUAAAAUACACGAUAUCACAGACAAUCCAACCAGCCCUUCGACCACAUUGACGAGUACAGGAAACUCUGCAAUAUGGGCCAUGGAAUUCUCAAAGGAUGGCAAGUAUCUUGCCGCUGCUGGGCAAGAUAAAAAGCUGAGAGUGUGGGAAGUCAUUUCCAGCACGGAGGAGCGUGAGUUCGAGGAGAAGCUCGCAGAGUCCGGAAAGGAUGGGAAUAAGAUCAAAUUGAAUGCUCCCGUCUUCAAGACCAAACUCGCAAGGGAGUAUGACGGCCACACCUCGAGUGUACUUGACCUCAGCUGGAGUAAGAACAACUUCCUGUUGUCCUCCUCGAUGGACAAGACAGUUCGACUUUAUCACGUCAGUCGGGCCGAAUGUUUGUGUGCCUUCAAGCACAAUGAUUUUGUCACCUCGAUACAGUUUCAUCCUCGUGAUGAUCGUUUCUUCCUGGCUGGGUCUCUGGAUUCCAAGCUGCGGUUAUGGAGCAUUCCUGACAAGACUGUGGCGUUCUGGGCCCAAGUGCCCGAUAUGGUGACCGCUGUUGCGUUCACACCUGAUGGCAAAACUGCCAUCGCUGGGUGUCUGAACGGUCUUUGCAUCCUGUACGACACGGAGGGGUUGAAAGCACACUCGCAAAUCCACGUACGGUCGGCACGGGGAAAAAACGCGAAGGGGAGCAAAAUCACUGGCAUCGACACGAUCGCCUUGCCCAGAGACAACGCAAACACGGACGUCAAACUCCUGAUCACGAGCAACGAUUCCCGAAUACGAAUGUACAAUCUGAAAGACAGGACGCUGGAGGUGAAAUUUAGAGGAAACGAGAAUACCUGCAGCCAGAUCCACGCCUCUUUCAGCGAUGAUGGGAAGUAUGUUAUAUGUGGAAGUGAAGACCGGAAGGUGUACAUAUGGCCUACUUCGGAACAUGAGAGACCGGACAAUGAAAAACGACCGAUGGAAGUCUUCGAGGCGCAUUCGGCCAUCGUCACCACCGCCUUACUAGCCCCUGAGAGAACGCGAAGGUUACUUGCACAGUCUGGCGAUCCUUUGUACGACCUAUGUAAUCCUCCACCGGUGACCUUGUUCAGCCGCGCGGACUCGGUGAUAUCUUCUCGCGCGCCGACAAAUAAUAGUUCUGACGAGAAGAACCCUAUAUUUGAGAACCGGCUGUCUGGGUCACCUAAGCGUGCUCCAGAAAGCCCAGCCUUCCUUGCACGACAUUCCCAUCCAGGCGGCCAAAUAAUAGUGACGGCGGAUUACACUGGACAGAUCAAAGUGUUUCGGCAGGAUUGUGCCUUCCAGAAACGCAAACACGAAUCAUGGGAUGCAGGGUCGUCGUUUUCUAGGAAAAUGCUUGGUCGGAGCGCAUCUGUGAACACUCGUACAUCAGGCACAAGUUCCACACAUCGUAACUCGUUUGUCAUGGGCUCAAAAACUCAGUCAACCGACCGCAUCCUGAGCUGGAGGAACUCGGUCAGCGCCACAGCUGGUGGAAAUCCUCCGUCAGCCAGUUUGGUCGAGAUUCGUGGAUCAAUGAGCAGCGAACGGUCACGUAGUGCAUCGCCGAAGAAACUGAUUUCGCACCGGCUCUCAUUGCGGAAAGCUUCACCACCGACCAAGAACGGCAUUCUUUCUCCUACAUCUCCUACAUUCCACUCGCCGCUCAAUCAGAUGCAGAAUGGACCUUCGAUAGCAGUCACCUCACCUACCGCCAGUUCACAUACGCAAAAGACACCAGACUACGAAAAGCAUUUUUCCCCCACAGACUUCCAGCCGAUCAGAACAAAUCCCUCACCCUCCGACCUCCCCCACAAUGAUCCUCUUUUGCUCAUGGACCAGCAAUCAUUUCUUGCCUGGGACAUACGCAACACCCUGCUGCCCAUGGCAAAACAUAUUCCUCGAACGCCCGGAGUUCUGGGUCCCGAUGGUAAUCCUCUAUCCCGAGCGGAGAGUUACGUUAGUCAACUUUCCAGUGAAAUCGCUGCAUCGGAUCAGGAAGCACACAGUGCUGGUGCCAGUGUCGACGGUGACAACGAGAGAGCACGUAACAACCGCAAGUCUCGUUCACGCAGAAGAAGCAGCGCUAGCAGUGAGGGCGAACUGCGCUGUCGAAAUUGCAGAGGUAAGGCAUUCAAAGUGACAAUGGGCCAAAAGGGGCAGACAUUCCGAUGUAAGAAAUGUGGUACAGUGGUGUGA